AGUUCGAAAUUCGUGACUGAUAACAAUAGUUUGGAAAAUCUAGCUUGUACUAGUAAGUAGGUACAUUAUGUAGAAGCCUAUACCUAUACAUAACGAGAGAACGGAGGCGCCAACGCAAGUUCUUUGCGUCUAUAAUAAAUCAAAGAAUCUCGCAUGUACUUGAAGAAUGCAAUCAGAUCGCUGUGAUGCGUACAGCACACUUAAUUACUUUACACAUACCCAAGGGAGAUCUGAUAAAGAUAUAUGUUCAGCCCUGGCGCCCGACUCUGAAUUUACGAUGGCCUAUAGAUGAGACACGAACAGCCAAGGCUACUGAGUAAGAAAAUUUAGGCGCCACCGUGAUAUCAACGCCGGCCAGUUACAAUUCUACUACAGUAUGAAGAAGGUGAUUUAUAUAAAUGUAAUUAUUUAUAAACAACGGGGCUUCCGGUAUUAACAUUUAAAGAAAAAUUUAAUUAACGCCACACCAUUUACGUCUUCCCUCUAUAUAUAAGCAUCGAAUAUUGCCUUUAAUUAUUCAUUUCGAGGUGUUUUUUUAACAAAUGUAUUUAAAUUGCCGAGUUUUCCAUCAAACUUGCACGGUUACGUUAUUAAUAAAGUGUGCGAUUAGUGAAGUGUGCCGCGUAAAUUAACGAAUGUACUCUUUAGCACCUACGGCGGAUGUGAUGAGAAGUCGACGUUUCGUCUACAAUUUUCCAAACAUCACCAUGUCCACGUUAUUGUUGUCGAUAUUGGGCCUAACCCUUGGAGCGCCGCAAUGCUCGAUUCUGAAGGAUAUCGCUCCGUGCAAGUGCAGCAAUGAAACUUACAAAAUCGAAAUUACCUGUGAGAAAAUGGCCUCGUACGAUCACCUCGUCAAUACGCUACGAGAUAAAUUCUUGCCAACGGAAAAAAUCGUCCUGGAAAUAAGUUCCUCGUCUCUACACGAUUUGCCACAAAGAAGUUUUAAGGAAUUAAAUUUGAACAUCAAAAACCUCCAGUUGCACCACGACAACCUAACAUCGCUCUCGCCUUCUUCAUUCAUGGGAUUACCGCAAGUGAAAUUUUUCAGUUUGUCUGACAAUAACAUCGGAGUCGUCCCAGAAGCGAUACUAGAAACACUCCCGCACAUCAGCUCGUUGAAUCUGGGAAGAUGCGGGAUUCAAUACAUAACGGAUAGAAACUUUAAAAGUUUACCCAAUUUAGAUACACUAAUGUUGGGCGGUAAUCAAAUAUCACAAAUGGAUUCGAACUCCUUACCUAAGAACGUAAUCCAUCUGCAUUUAGGAAGAAACAAGAUAAAGGAUCUGAACGGUACAUUAACGAAUUUGACAAACCUAGAGUGGUUCUUCAUCAACUGCAAUGAAUUAACGACACUUGAAGAUCAACUGCCUUUGGUGGCGCCCAACGUUAUAUUAGUACAUGCUGGUCAUAAUAAGAUUGAGAAAUUACCGCAACAUCUCAAAACCUACACCGGACUAUUGUCGCUGUUCGUUAACAAUAACAGACUAACAUCUUUGGAUGGGGUGAUCUCUAGAAUGAAAAAGCUGGAGAGGGCGCAAUUUGAGUACAACAGAAUUAGUACAUUAACCAAAGAGGAUUUCCUAGAGACGGAAUCAUUGGAUUGUCUCUGCCUGGGAAACAAUCUUGUAACGUCACUAAACAACUCGCUGUCACCACUGAAAGGCAUAACCAUACUCAAUUUGACUCAUAAUUUGUUAACAGACUUUUCUCUACAAGAAAUUAAGGGGUUGAUGAAGCUGCGCAUAGUCGAUUUAUCUCACAACAAAAUCAGCACAAUUUCCGGCCCGACAGCAAAUUUAAUUGAAUGGGAGACGAAAAUAACCGUACUGUUGUUGAAUAACAAUGAGCUGACCACACUGAACGGUGCGCUUUCCGGAUUGCCCAGUCUGCUGACCAUCAAUUUGAGCCAUAACAAAAUUACGUCGAUCUCACCUGACGAUUUAGUUGGUCUCGAUCGUUUAGAGGUUUUGAACAUUUCGCACAAUAAUCUUACGACACUUGAGGAAACUGGAAAGACUGUGCUACCGUCUCUGAAUGAAUUGAUCGCAUCGCAUAACAGCAUCAAGAUCCUAAACCAAGAUUUCCAUGGUCUUCCCGUUUUAUGCUGGGCCGACUUGUCCAAUAACCAAAUAGUUGCGUUGGGUAGAGACUUAGUCCGCAACACGCGGUGCAAAGAACAAUACACUUGGGGUACCUUAAAGAUUUUGCUGCAAAACAAUCCAAUCUUGUGCGAUGCAGCCUUGCCAGAAAUAGUAGCAUCUAUGGAAGUUAACCACACCAGAAUUAGUGGCGUUUCGCAUUGCGCGCCGUUAAAUGAACAACCGACUACUGCCAAGCCAAACGGCUAUUUAGGUUUCGUACCAGAGCAUGACAUCAACAGUGUCCUAAACACACAUCCCACAUACCAACAACCAAUACCAUACGCCCAUAGUCACCAUUCACAAAAUGAGUUGGUUAGUAGUUAUCAAGAACCGAAAGACACGGCGCUCACCACUGACGCAAGCAAUCCAGACAAGCAGAUAACACCUUCCUUCGUAGAACCAAGCGUUCCAGAACCGCGGCCAAACUUGGAACAGACACAUGAUUCGACCAAUUCAAAUAACGUAAAACCAUUGGACGAUUAUGCUAGCGUUGAGGUAUCAAAUUCCAAACAUAACAAGUUAGAUCCAUUACUAGAAACGCAAAUCACAAACGAAAAUGCACAGACAAAGGUAAACGAACCGAGCACAUCGGGCAGUGGGAGUCACUCAAUCGAGAAACCCUUAGAUCCCGUAGCGCAACAGAAGCAACUGGAUAAGUUAACAAUGCAAAUUGAGCAGUUAAGGCUGCAAGUGGAAGAACUGACGGUACAAAACAAGAUACUAAGCCACACGAUCAAUCAGUCAGUAGCGCCAAUAACAGAAAACAACAAAACGGAGCAUAUUCAAUACGAAGAAGUUGCGAUACACACUCUACCAAACGAUGAGCCCUACCUCGACAAAGUAAAAAAACUGACAUUUUAAAACGGGAGUAAUGACAAUUUGUAAGUAAAAUUGCCAAAAACUAGUCAUUUAUUUUGAAAACUUAAACACUCUGUUUCGCUGUUUUACGAAAGGAAUUGCAGCCGGGAGUAUUCUAUGUUUCUUCAAUCAUAAAGAACAGUAUAAUUAUUUUUAAUUAGUACAAACUUUAUUAUUCGCUUUAAAGCUUGUUUCGUUCAGAGUAAGUUUAUGAGGCCCUCAACCGCUGUAAGCUAACUCUGCAUUGUUAACAUUAAUAUUUGCCUAGCCUAGCAGACAUUGUGAUAUGAUGUAAAGAUUUUAUAUUUAUAUAAGCAAUCAUGUAGUAAAAUGAGAAAGCUAACGUUGUAUAUACAUUUCUCUGAAAUAUUUUUGAUAACUUUUUGUAGUCAUAGAAUUGUAAAUUUACUCCAAAUAUGUACAAUGUAUUUAUAUUUGCAGUAUCUUAGUUCACAUAGGAUUUUAUGUAAACUACAUAUUAUACAAUUAAGCUAAGGUUUAAAAACCGGUGACAGUACAUAAAUUCUUUAUAUUAUUGAUGAUAUUUAUCGCAUAUUUGGUUUGUUAAAUUAUGGAAAUGUUUUAUAACACAUAAAAGUGUUAAAAAUGUUAGAUUUUGUACCUGGAAGAUUUUAAUAAAAGCAUGUGCUUGUA